ACAUAUAAUUAAUUUUCCCACUGUUGUAAAUUGUAAUGGCUAAUUCGACCAACCCAAUAGAAUCUCCGGCGGCAGACUCGCCGUACGAGCUUCUGCUCCGGGCGGCGCUGCUCACACCAAUCACCCACUAUUUACUGAUACUUUAUUUAAUAUUAAUUGUGUUUAUUUAUAAUUUUCUGGAAAUUCAUUUUCUCCGAGAUUUAUUCUCCGGGUUCAGAGGACAACCCGUCACUUUGACGUUCAACCCAUCUUCUCAGCUCUACAACGACGUCGUUUCCAAGUGCACAGUUCUUCAUGGAAGGUAUUUAUCGACCCCUUGGUUAUGUAGCCCUCAUCUUCAAACUUCAUUCCUACAUUACUUCGGAAAUUCGCCCGUUGUCAACUAUCGAAGAGAGGUUUUUAUGGCGUCUGACGGUGGAACGAUAGCUUUGGAUUGGGUGAUCAAUGCCGAAGUGCAAUGUGGAGAUACGAGUCCGAUUAUGAUUAUUAUUCCGGGCUUAGCAAGUGCUUCCGAUUCUGCCUAUGUCAAGCAUUUGGCUUUCAAGAUGGCCAAGGGCGGAUACAAUGUCGUAGUGAGCAAUCAUCGUGGACUUGGCGGUGUACCGAUAACUUCGGAUAGGUUCUACACUGCUGACCGCACUGACGAUUUACGAGCACUGGUCGACCAUAUUCACCGACAAUACCCUGAAGCUCCGAUAUUCGCUGUUGGCACUAGUGUUGGUGCUAAUAUUCUGGUUAAAUAUCUUGGCGAGGACGGAGUCGAUGCUCCGAUAAUCGGAGCUGCAGCAAUAUGUUCUCCUUGGGACUCUUUGAUAGUUGACAGGUUCUUGAGACGUAGAUUCGUGCAGCGUUUAUAUAACAAAGCUCUCACCGCGGGAUUGAAAGAUUACGCAAAUUGGCACAAGGAUGUACUUUCUCGUCUUUCGAAUUGGGAAGGUGUCAAACAGGCACGUUCAGUUCGGGAAUUCGAUGAUGCCGCAACUCGAUUUCUUGCUAACUGUGAGACGGUGGAUGCGUAUUACAGGCAGUGCAGCAGUUGUAAGAAUGUGGAAGGUGUAAGAGUACCACUUCUCUGUAUUAGUUCUUUAGAUGAUCCAAUUUGUACUAGUGAAGCUAUUCCAUGGGAUGAAUGCAGGUUGAACAAUAAUGUAGUAUUGGCUACCACACAGCAUGGAGGGCACCUACCAUAUUUUGAAGGAUUCACUGCAAAAAGUGUUUGGUGGGUAAGGGCAGUUGAUGAAUUUUUUACUACCCUGAGCCUCCAAAAGAAAGAGAUCACAGUUUCCUUCAUCAAUCCUAUACAAACAUCGGAUGGUCAAUCCCCUUUGACAAACGUAACGGAAAACGGCACUGUUCCGACGCAAGGGCAAAAUGGGAACAUUGGCAUCAGACAUCGCCCAGAAAGAGAAAUCGAAUAAUGUCCGAUUAUUUAUCAGCCCAUCAAGUGAUCAACAAUAUUGAUACCACAAAUAUACGUAUACAGAUAAAUAACACAAAUUUCCCAGAAAGAAACGUGAAAAUUGUAGCAGACUUUUUAUCAAUUGUUUUCAGUGGAAUAUAACACUUCGAAAAUCAAAAUCAUGGAUUUCUAUGUCGAAUAAAAUAACUCUCUUACAGC